ACUCUUGUUUCAGCCACGAACACAACACCCAGUAGCAGCAGCAGCAGUGCACUACUGUACACAAGUGAGUGACGGUGGAUUACAGAACCGUAAGGAAAAAGCAAAUGAUGGAGGCUAGAAUGUGUAUAUACCUUGGUGCCUUGGUGCUGCUUCACGUGGGAUCUGCUGAACAUGGUAAUGAACACACUGCACAACCAAUACCAGCACGUGACCUGGAUUUCACCAGCCAUGCGCCCAGUAUUGCUCCAAAGGGCUCCAACUCCACUUCUACUGGCAACAGUACAGCAACACACUGGGAAAAAGCCACUGCGACGCCGCAACCAAGCAGAGGGAACGCAACCAACAUGGAGGUAACCUCAGCGACCUCCAUCCCAGAUAGGUUCGUCAACCUUACUGAUGACGUGACAUCAAAGCCUUCUGUUCCCCCGAUGCUGACCUCCCAAGCCCCCAAUACAACAACUCCUCACAGCCCCUCGAACACAACCCACGCCGGCGCUACUUCACACCAGCCACCGGAGACACUUCCUGUCUCCAAUACGCUAACGAGCCGGACAGCUCCUAUGGAAACCCAUUCUCCCGCGUCCUCCCCCUUGUCCCGCACCACGUCACAUAAAACGCCGAGUCAGCAAUCUACCACGUCCUCUACCACCAUUUCCGCCGCCAACAACAGGAGCCGCUUCACCACCAGCUCAUCCGGAGAGACCUCCGCUUCUCGGACGACGACUCUCACGUUACCGCAGAGAACCUCCAGCCAAGCCCCCCUGCUGACCACCAUCGCCCCACCGAGCCUCACAUCCACGCAGACCAAACCGCAUCCAGACACCCCUUCGCAGCUCAAUGUGAAGGGUGACACCAUCAUGGUCCACGACUCCCCGAAGUUGGAUCCUCUGUUGGCCGGCUUGGUGUCGGCCUUCAUCAUCAGCGCCGCUGUCAUCACCCUGCUCCUCUUCCUCAAACUGCGACGACGAGACAACAGGCCGGAGUUCCGCAGGCUACAGGACUUGCCCAUGGACGACAUGAUGGAGGAAACACCUUUGUCCAUGUACAGCUACUGAUACUGGAUGCAAAGCCAAACAUUGACUCCUCCCCAAAAGCCUCCUUUCUUCAAGGGUGAUGAUAUUUGCCAUGAUUCAACUACCGGGUCUGUCCUCUUGUGAGUCUUGGUCCUGAAGAAUCCAGGUUUUGUGUGCCCACAUACGGUUAUGUGGGUAACUACUAUUUUAUCCAGGUCCAAUGGUGGCUGUGACGUAAUACAUGGACGCCACCCAUGUCAAGUUCUGUGUCAAAGUUGUAUGCACCAAAUGAACCCAUGCUUCGCUGCAUUUACCAUAUUUCCUCCAAUAGUGGUCCAGUUACUAAUAAAAAUAAACCUCAUGACGAAAAAGGGUAGCCAGUGCAAUUAUCUCAGUUCAUAGACACUAUUGUUUACCCAUAGACAUUAAACAGUUGAACUUGGCCACUAACCAAAAUAGCAGCACCUACUGAAAUACGUCAAGUCUCUCAACUAAAUUAAAAUAUGAUGUCUUGCCAUAUGCUGAGCUCACUAGGCAGUAUUUACAUGUUAUGUGGAAAGGGUGUAACAUUGUUUAAUAUUGUUCCAAAAGUGUUUUUUGUGUACGAAUAAAUGCCUCCACCAAUCUGCAGUUGGGUAAAUAAACACUGAAGGCCACUAUUUUGAGGAAGUACAGUAAUCACAUUAUUAAAAGCUUUUCAGAUGACUCACAGGCACAAGAGGAGAACAUAAACGGCCUGAUUAUACUUUUAAUGAGGUUGCACUUUAUUUUCAGUUUUUUUGUCUAUGUUUCUGAGAAAAUGUAUUUGUGCAGACAAAAAGUUUUGUGUGUGUUUUUAAGUGUGUGUGUGUGUUUGUGUUGUAUAAAUUAGUGUAUGUUCACAAGUUAUUUAAUGCAUACACUCGUAGGCCACACGUCAUUAGGUCUAUAAGAUCAUCACAAGAGCUGCAUGGCACAUUCUACCCACAAAGAUAAUGUUCCAAUUUGAUUGAGUGGUGGUACCUAAUGAAGAGUCUAGUUUGUGUUCAAAUACAGUAUUGUUGGUGAUGCCCCCCCCCCAUUACAGUCCAGGUAAGAGUGCCUUUUAAACAUUUAUAGUCAUUUAAUUUCCAUGACGUAAACAUACGACUGGAGCAGUGGCCUUUAUGAAGUGUUCAUAUUGUAAAUACUAGUGAUGUUGAGUGCAUGGAUUAAUUUAUAAAUACUCCAAAAAGAUGCAUUCCCCUUUGAGAUGAAUCAUUGUGGAAGUCCACGUUUUAAAAUGAUGUACUUGUGUUUAUCGAUGGAAGUGUCAAAUGCAUUAAUCGUUGCAUUGUGAGGCUUUGCUGGUCAAUGUUGACUAUGGACUAUUAUUAUUAUUACUAUUAAAAGGUAUUUGAGAUGUA